GCGACUAUUCACGUCCCGUUCGUCAACGGGCCCAGCCAUAUUCAAUAAAACAGGCGUAACUUAUACUUGGCAAGAAGCAAUGUUAGCACCUACGGCCUGUCUCGCGCGCAAUCAAAGCAAACGACGAGGCUACCUCCGACCGACCCGGACAUUUGAACACUGCGUUGAUGAAAAACGCAGCAAAUCAACAUCCAAUCCGGGAACACCCGAACUUAUGCUACGCUACGAGUAUGCUUUACUUACAUUCUCAACAGGUGUGUCUCACACAGACCACUCUGAACCAACUGUAUGUCGUUGGUGAUCAAUACGAUAUACUACCGUCUAACGAGUCGAACGGAGAAAAAAUCCCGUCCUCUUCCUUCCUCUCCCGUAUAUAUACGUUUUAUAAAAAGCAGUCACAUAUUUUAGGGUAGGGUUCAUCCGGCUUCCCGCGGGCGAAAACAUAGCCCCUGCCUCGCACAUAAGUAGGACUUGCAGGAGGGAAGAAAAGCGUAGAGCAAGGGCUAGUGUGUCUAUCGAGCUGAGCGGCAAUUGAGUGUUGAUUGAAAGAAUGUUGCGUCUUAAGCCUUCAAACGUGUCACUUCUCCGACUGGUUUGCCGGAAACCGUCGAUCGCCGGAGUUACUGAACAACAGUACCAGCAGAUGCUCGAUUUGGCUGUUUUCCAACAGCCCUCCGAGCCCAAAGCUGCCCGUGCCAUGAUGGAAAAGGUGAACACCGGUGUGAAUAUCAUCCACACACUCGAGGACGUUGAAAUUCCGGCCGAUACCAAACCCCUCCAACAUCUCACGUUUCCCAUCAGCGUUGAAGCCUACGAGGGCCAUGCCGUGGAAAACAUUGAGAACGAGCAGCCCACAAAGUGGGAUCCCUUCACGCUCGACAGUCGUCAUCACUCUACAAAGCCCUUCUUUGCUUGUCCAAAAUAGAUUCAGUAGAACUCA